AUGAGAAAGGCUAAGGCGGCGAUCCUCCUGGGGGAGCUGAGAAUAACGGACCUCCGUGCACGCAGGGCCAUCACCGGUGCCCUCGUGCUGGAGGUCCGGGGCCCCGAGGGGGAGGCGAAAAGCUCGAACCUCGCGGCCCAUUUGACGAGAAUCUUUGAGGGGUGUGACGACAUUAAAGUCGCGCGCCCCACGAAGAUGGCGGAGAUGCGGCUCUCUGGGCUCGACGAUUCGGUCGAGCGCGGGGAGCUGCUCUCCGCCUUGGCGGAGGCGGGGGGCUGCCGCACCGACGAAGUGAAGGUCGGCGAGAUGCGGCAGUCCCCCGGCGGUAUGGGUGCCGUCUGGGUGCGCUGCCUGGCCCUGUCCGCGAAGAAAAUAGCUGACUGUGGAAGAAUCACGGUCAGCUGGGUAAGUGCACGCGUGCGGCUACUGCAGCCGAGGCCGCUUCAGUGCUACAGAUGCAUGGAGCUAGGCCACGCGAUGCGGAACUGCAGUAACCCGGCGGACAGGUCCGGGGCGUGCUACCGCUGUGGCGUUGUCGGACACCUCGCCGGUUCCUGUACGGAGCCGGCGAGCUGUCCGGUCUGCAGGGACGCCGGGCUGUCCGCCGGGCACCGAAUAGGCGCGGCCAAGGACUGUGUCGCUGCCCGGACGGUGGACAAGAAAAAGAGGGCGGGCGCCGUUUGCGCUCCCGCAGGUGGUGGGGCUGCGGCCGGCAAGGCGACCUCCGCUCCCCGCGCAAUCGGUAAAGGAGCCGGGCGCGGGUGGGGGUGA